CGUUAACAUCGUAUAACGUUAAUAAUAAUGAUCACAGCUUACAAGUUACAACCCUAUAUCCCUCUCUCUCUCUCUCUCUCUCUCUAAGGCGGUCACCUUGCAUUUGCGACACACACCAGACUACAAUCAACAUUUACUGGCAAAUAUGAAGGGAAGAAGUGGUGUUUCCAUGGAGAGCUUGCUGGGACUUCUCAGAAUCCGCAUAUACAGAGGCGUCAACCUGGCGAUUCGAGAUGUCCUAAGUAGCGAUCCGUACGUUAUUGUUCGCAUGGGCAAACAGAAACUGAAGACCAGCGUGGUGAAGAGGAAUGUUAAUCCUGAAUGGAAUGAAGACUUAACGUUGUCUAUUUCUGACCCAAAUCUUCCUAUCACGCUGCAAGUGUAUGACAAGGAUAGAUUCAGUUUCGAUGACAAAAUGGGCGAUGCAGAGUUCGACAUCGUGACAUUUGUAGAAGCCGUAAGGAUGCACUUCCAGAACAUCCCUAGCGGAACUAUCAUCACCAAGAUCAAACCGAGCCGGGUGAACUGCCUGGCCGAAGAAAGCAGUAUCGUCUGGGAAGAUGGCAAGGUAGUCCAGAACAUGGUUCUGAGGUUACGAAACGUCGAGUGUGGCGAACUGGAGCUCCAGUUGCAGUGGAUAGACAUUCCAGGUUCCAGAGGGCUGUAGCUUAUAUAAGGAAUGGCUAUGAUAUAUACUGUAUAAGUAUAACACAGGUGCAAGAUGAUGAUGCUGUACAUAAUGGUUCUUAGUAUUAGUAUACUUUCCUAUGACUAUUUAUGUAUGGACCAUAAGACUCUCGAUGAUAAAUAUAAGACAAAUGAUUAAUGUUGUACUCA